ACCCGCGUGCGUUCAGUGUCGGUCUUUUCACCUUCUAUUCCCGUCCGAAGACGUUCGGACCGUCAGCGGAGCUUAGUGUGUCUAAAAAAGGUCCACUGCUCUAAGUAGUCUGGUCCGCUGCGUACUGUACUCACGGUAGCAGCCAUUUGAUAAGCUGAGUAGUGGCCGAGGGGGAAACAGAUGCUACCGGAUACACGAGACGGUAUCGCGCACCGGACAACCGGCAGCUGGCCUUUCCAUGUUCGGUGAAACAGGAUGGUGGAGUAAUGAGAGCGAGACUCUAAAGGAGGGCAGAGGAGCACACUGGAAGACAAGUCGGAAGCGAGGCAAGCAUGCUUGAGUCAAAUACGGACACGGGAGGUGCAGCGCUGACACCUGACGGGGAUGCUGGGAUGGAGGGCGGAGACCUGAGAGCAGAGGUGGUCCGUCUGACUCUGGAGCUCCAGGAGGCCACAGAGGAGAAGCUGCAGGCCGCCCGCUACGGCCUAGUAGUGCUAGAGGAGAGUUCGGCUCUCAAGGUCAAAAAUCAGCAGUUAGAAGAGGAGCAUGAAGCCCUCAAAGCGGAGUUGCAGCACCUCAAAGAGGCGUUUGCAGAUUCUGUGAGUAGCCAGAAGCGUGCAGUCGCUGAUGGAGAGUGCCGAGAGGAAAGUCUGCUACAGGAGACGGCAUCUAAGGAGGCUGCCAUGGCAACCCGCUUGGAAGAAGUCCAGGGAGAACUAAAGCAAGCACGACUUGCUUUGGGCAAUUCCAACGCAGAGAUUGACAGACUUGGGGUUGUCUCAACUCAGCUAAAGAAGGACUGUGAGUGUCUGGAGGCAGAGAAAGGGCACUUGAGAGAUGAAAUGAAGGAAUUUAAAGUGCGUGAGCUGCGCCAGUUGCAGGACAAUGGUGAGCUCGAAGAAGAGAACAUAUCUCUUCAAAAACAAGUGUCUGUGCUCAAGGAAAACCAGGUGGAGUUUGAAUCAUUAAAGCUUGAGCUGAACCAAAAGAACGAGGAGCAGGAGGAGCUGCGGGCUCAGAUGGAGGAGGCCGCCAGGCUGCGUGAGAUUGCAGAGCGACAGUUGGAUGAGGUCUUGGAGUCCUUGAAAGAGGAGAGGGAGCAGAAAAACUGUCUUCGUCGGGAACUUUCUGCCAUGACCCUGAACCCCUUUGACUCUGUGGGCAACCUGGAGCUCCACUUGGACCAGCUCGAUGACAGCCAGGAGGAGGGUCGGACCAGAGAGGGUGACGUUCAGGGAAAUAACCAGGACAGUGGUGUUAGCAACGCCUCUGAUUCGACUCACCCUGCUCACAUGGGAGGCUCCAAGAGCAAUGGUGUCAUGCAACGUUACUCCACUCCACGGAACAGUGACAUAUUCCUGCGUGCUCCAGCCUCUGGGCUUGUGUCGGACCUCUUGAGUGAGCUCCACUUUUCAGACAGCCAGAAACUUAAGCAGCAACUCCUACAGGCAGAAAGAGAAAAGUCAAGUCUCAUCAGCAAGGUGGAGGAAUUGCAGAUGCAGCUGGUGAUGUCCAAGCAAGCACUGAGUCAGCACGAGGACAAAGUUGGAUCUCUCACCCAACAGCUAGAGGCUGUGCAGAGCACCCAACAGCACAACCAUGAGGCAGACGAGGAGGGGGCCAAAAAUGUGGACGGUACUGAAGUUGCCUUCGACUACGAGGUGGACAUAAAGAGCAAAGAAGUGCUGGAGGCACGUAUGCGCUCAGCCAAUGAAGAGCUUCUGAAGCUACGGGAUGAACUGUUUCAGGCGGACACUCGCUACAACAGCCUGGAGCAACGAUACAAGCAUGAGAAGGACCGUUGGCGAUCAGAGGCCCAGGAACUGGCUGACAAGAUUCGCCAAUGCAUCAAGUCCAGCAGGCAGGACCAGGAGCGGAUCAGUGAACUGGAGGUUGAGAUCGGAGCCACGCGCAAAGUGGCCAGCGAUUCCGAAGGCCAUCUGAGUGUGGCUCAGGAAGAGCUGCUGGCCUUUUCUGAGGAGCUGUCCAACCUCUAUCACCACAUCUGCGUGUGCAACAACUUGACACCUAAACGUGUCACCCUGGACUAUUACCGUGAAAGCGCCAGGGCACACGGUGGAACUGGUGCGAGAAGGCCGCUUCAUAUCUCCACCCCGCCGAACUCUCAGAAGAAGCCACGAGCCAAUGACACGUUCAUUUCCAAAGCUGCGGCUUUACAGUUUAUGGGGGAGGUGGACAGUUCAGGAGCCUCUGUAGACUCUCCUAGUUGCCCCGGAUCUUCUAACCUAGAUUUCAGGGACCCCUCCAAUGUCCGCAACUUGGUAGCAGUCAUCAGAUGCCAGAUCAAACACCUCAGGGUGGCAGUGGAUCUCUGUCGUCAGCGCGGUGCUAUGCCUUACUCGGGGCUAAGUAGCAGUGUGGAGAUGGAGAGGGAUGCUGAAAGCCUGCUGGAGGAAGUACUAAAGCUUAAGUCCCUUCUUAGCACCAAGAGAGAACAGAUUGCUACUCUCAGAACUGUUCUUAAGGCCAACAAACAGACUGCUGAGUUGGCUUUGUCCAAUUUAAAAACCAAGUAUGAGACAGAGAAGAGCAUGGUGUCAGAAACUAUGAUGAAACUACGCAAUGAACUGAAAGCAUUGAAAGAAGAUGCUGCCACAUUCUCUUCACUCCGGGUCAUGUUUGCUAGUCGGUGCGACCAGUACGUCACCCAGCUGGAUGAAAUGCAGAGGCAGCUGGCAGCUGCCGAGGACGAGAAGAAGACACUCAAUUCCUUGCUGCGCAUGGCCAUCCAGCAGAAACUGGCUCUCACUCAGCACUUGGAGGAUCUGGAGGCCCCGCUGUCUCCUCACAGCUUGAACAGCAGCCCUCGCCGUUCCAGAGCCAAGGAACUGGCCACCAAGUCAGGACGAGCGCCACGGAGUCCCAGAAACAGUCCGGCGCGUCUCCCCGCGAGGAGCAGCCCGCGCGCUAGUCCCGUUCUCGGGAGCAGCGUUCCUGCCAUGGCCACGCACCACUUGCGAGCUCUCACACGAAGCCUCCACACAAGCCCCCGCUGAAACACUCCAUUACUCCAAACCCUCUCUUCUCCACAAGGACCCGUCUUCAUGUUGACUCCCUGGUUCCCUCAUCCCCACCUGACUCGAGACAUCCUGUUCAUCCCAGAUGUGCUACUGCAUUCCCCACUCUUCCACAAAGAUGGAUUUUUAAAAAGUAAAAUACAGCUCUCAUCCGACUCGCUUGCAUGCAGCCUGGAGAAGGAUGACGAGAAACAUGUGCUGCUUGUUGUUAUUAUUAUGUGAAGUCAUUGACUGUGUCUUGUCCUACGUGGUUCCAACUUCCAUCUGGUCUUGUUUAUUAAGGCUGUGUGUUGUGAGUUACCAUUGGCAGUAUUUAUUCCAUUAAUCUACUGUGUUUACUGUCCUUCCAUGCAAGACAAAAUCUCUUGAUGAGACUUGUGUCUCUGCAAUCUUGCCUUUAGCUCAUCCUUGUGACCCCCCCCUGCCCACAGUUAAUGUGUUUUACAGAGCAAUGCAGCCUUACUGACACUAUUGUUCUCCUACGAGUUGCUAGCUUGUUAUUUGUCUUGGGGCUCCUUCACUGUACAAGCGUUACAGUCACAUUUUAAAAAUGUGUUUGGUCACGCAGCUGUGGCCUGACCUACACAUCUUUUAACUAGUUGUCAGCAAACACUCAUUCUUGAAUAUAGAGAGCCAUAAGUUAGCCAACUCAGGUAAAAACAACACCAACAGUAUUUGUUAUACAUGAUGAGGAAAAUGUUAGAUGUGCAUCUUACACAGACAGUCUGCUUUUCAGGAGGAAUCUAAAAUGCACUGUUUCUGGUAAAAGCUCGUUUCUCGCAGUCAUGAAGUAUCUCCUCUUUCUUGACUCUCUUCGUACAGCUCAGUUGAGCAAAUGUGCUCUUUUCUCUACUCCUAUUUUGACUGUAUAGUCUCACAUCUGCCUUUUCACCCGCCUCUGAGCAGCCAAGAUGUCGUUUUGUGUGCAUUCAAAGUAGAAGUGAUGUCACAAUCUAGGAUAAGUACCUUCAUUUCCAUCCGCUAUGACUAUGCCAAGCCCUCUUGACAUUUAACAGCUCGACUGGAUAUGUGUUGCAGAUAUCAGAUACUGGAUCUGUAAUUCAUUUUUGCGUAGUCAAAAGGAAGUUUUUUGAUAUGAUAAUUACAUAUACCUGCAACAGAAUUGUAGGUACCUGUAACUACAGUUUCAGAUAUUUACAAUUUGAUUCCGACUAGUCGUGAUUCUAGUUGAAGAAAUGUUGAAUUCAUGUCAAUUCAAGAUAUUUACAUGUCCCUUUUCAGACAUCUUCAAUCAACUUUUAAAUAGUCGAUAUUCAGUUGCAGAUCUCUGUAUGUCGCUAGCAGAUCUCUGCAACUGAAUUGUAGAUCUCUGGAAUGACAAACACAUGAAUGUCAGAUGUGACAUCAUUUGUCAAUAUUAUGUCGCAGAUGUCUGUAUUUCAGUUUUGACUAGGCAAACCUGAACUACAGAUACUGUAUCUUUCUAUCUGUCAUCAAAAUAACGACAUCCGUUAUUUUCUCAUCAUUAUGCUGAACAAGCUGCUGACAGUUCUCAAGCUGGCAAGUUUUGUCCAAAGUUUAGUGCAGCGCAGUAGUACAGCUUGUAUUACUUUUAAAAUGGUAAAUACGUGGAAGAAAACAAAAACAUAAAUGUUACUUUAUUGGCUCAAGCUCAAAGAGCACAAGCCUUGUACCGCACAGAAAGGAUGAUAUAAUGCAGUAAAACUCAAUAGGUAGGCAUACAUUAAAUGAUGAUGAUCAUCACAUUUAUUCACAUGGGAAGGUUUUUUUUUUAAAACGGCUGUUAGAACUAAAAUUUAGUUCAAGGACUUAAAUGUAACGCCUGGCAAUGGUCAGAGAGGCCACCUCCUGUUGAUUUGUUUGAAAACGUGUUUCUGUGCCUUUUGUUUUGAUCUUGUCUGCUGUUUUAGACUACAGUUUGUUCCUUUGUUUUCUUUCAGCGUGUCACUGGAGCUUAUUAAUCUUUUGUGUCCUUUCUUCCUUUUAAACCCAGUGUGAAAUUAAUACCACAUGCUCCACUAGAACAUAAAAUAACUGCUAUGUGACUGGUGAGAUUGGUACAUAUCAAAACUUUCACCAGUGGGAUUGUUUGUUUUUCUUAAACUACUGCACCGCUGCCAUCAUUGCACUAGGGUUGAAUGACUUGGGAAAAUAAUCAAAUUAAGAUUCUGGAAGCUUUUAGGCUGAUAUUAUUGUCCAUAUAGUGGCAAAACAGCAAGCAAGUUCAAGUUCACCACAUUUGUUGUCACAUCAGCACUCAUCUACGCAGGUGGUAAAUGACCUUGCCUGACAUAAGCACAUGAACCCAACAGUCUUUGUUAUUGUUGCACUUGCAGAUUUAGAGUAGCGUCUUUCAAUGUAAUUAUUCAACACCUCUUGUCACCACCCCAAUGCCCACGAUGUCGGAAACGGUGAGCGCUGUCACUGAAUAUAGUGGGAUUGAAUAUUUUCACUUUUCACCACUCAGCAUUGGGCGCAUUGUUGCUGUCAAGGCAAUGACUGAUUAAAUGAAUUAUCUCUAUUUAUAUAUUUUUAAUCUGUUAUGAUCGUGGUUGAUUGCACAAAAUUCAGAACAAAGACAUUGGAAGCAUUUUAGGUCCAAUGUAAAGAUAUUUGUUUCAAGGAGGGACUCAAUUGUAUCAAACUGCUGUCCGUAGUUAAAAGGUGAAAAUAUUUGAUGAGAAUGUUCAUACUUUAGAAGGUUAUAAAUGGAUUACUUCAUCUAUUUCAUUCAAAUGGUGAAAUUACAUUUCGUUUGUGUACAUAUUUUAAAACUGUAUUUAUGUGGUCUGCUUUCUGUAUAAAUUGCUCAAGUACAUGUCAUGCACACACUCCCGGAUACGAUUUAUAGGUAUGCCAGUUCCUUUCAUUCUGCAAACCAGAAUAAACGAAACCAACACUGUAGAAAAA